AUGUCUCUAUGGGUACAACGAACAUCGACAGGUGGAGGAACUCUUGUUCAUUACUCGACACAAACAGAUGGACAAGGACGGUGUACUGUUCCAAUAGGAUUUUCCUCUGCUGGUAAUAUAAUCGCGACUGCUUGGGUACCAGACAACCAGGUAACAGGUCCUGUGCUAUCGAUCAACACGUGGACACAUAUUGCCACUACCUAUUCACAAAUGAAUGGGCUUACAUUAUAUGUUAAUGGAGUAUCUGUUGGUAGUACAGGUGCACAGAACUAUAAUGGACCAAGUACAAUAGUUAUUCUGACAUUAGGCAACUCACUAAGUGGUGGCGGAUGUGGUUUCCGAUCAAUGGUACCAUGCCCAUUUUCUGGCUAUUUAGAUGAGUUUCGUGUUUACUCACGAGAACUCAGUGCCACAGACGUCUUUGUACUUAGUAGAGAUAAAACCUGCUUUGAUGGACUUAUGAAUGGAGAUGAAACGGACAUCGAUUGUGGAGGCUCAUGUCUUACAUGCGAUGUGGAUUCCCCAUGUCAAUCAUUAACUUAUAGUGCAUAUAUAUAUUAUUCGACUGGUAAUCAACCAUGGUCAAUUAGUAUUGCUGAUUUAGAUAAUGAUAAUAGCAAUGAUAUAAUCGUUCUCAAUGCAGGUGAUGCAAAUCUUGGAAUUUAUUUUAAUCAAGAAAAUGGAACAUUUCAAACACCGAUAAUAUUACAAACUGCUAAUUAUCCUGUAUUUGUCGGAAGUGUUGAUUUAAAUAAGGAUAAUAAUUUAGAUUUAAUCGUAGCUCAGGCUAAAGAUAAUAGUAUUGGUUUAUUUCUUGGUCUUGGUAAUAAAAGUUUUAACUCACGUAUGAAUAUUGCAGUUGGUUCUUAUCCAUAUGGAAUUGGCAUUGGUGAUUUUAAUAAGGAUGAUAAUCUAGACCUUGUCGCUGUUAAUGAUCAUGCUAAUACUGCCAGUGUUUUAUUUGGAUACAGUAAUGGAAGUUUUGAAAGUGCCAGCACUUUAUCAACAGGUAGUUAUGUAACAGCAGUAGCUGUUGCUGA